UGCGCCGCCGCCAGCUGACGGCUCACCCCCGGAAGUGAUGCGGGGAGGGGGAGGCAGUCUCGCCGGGAGCCGCGGAGCGUUCCAUGUGGAGCCCAGGGAGCCUGAAGGAGGCUGUGAAGCUAGUGGAAUGAUUCCCUGUGUAGCUGAAACUAUAUUAGUUGACUGCCGCUAAUGGUAUGGUGAGAUGUGUUGAAGAGCAGCUGCGAGGGUGUCCGACAGCAAAGGGACCGCUCUAGAAGCUGGGCUUGCAACAUCAUGGGCCAGUGUGUCACGAAGUGCAAGAAUCCUUCUUCUACCCUUGGCAGCAAAAACGGGGAAAGGGAAUCCGGCAGCAAGUCGCAUAGUAAGAGAAGUGCAGUCCACAAAGACGACCAUGGUUCAGCUUGCGGGAAGUCUUCAGGAGAUAUACUUGUGAACGGAACAAAGAAAACGGAUGCUGCUGUAGAGUCUAGUCAGCCUCCAACAUUUUCUGGAGAUACAAAGAAAGACUCUGUUUCCAGCGCAGAAGAAUCUUCGCUCCAAAGGAUUGGGGAAUUAUUUAGGAGGUAUAAGGAUGAACGGGAAGAUGCCAUACUGGAGGAAGGAAUGGAACGAUUUUGCAAUGACCUUUGUGUUGAUCCCACUGAAUUUAAAGUGCUAGUUUUGGCAUGGAAAUUCCAGGCUGCUACCAUGUGCAAAUUUACAAGGAAGGAGUUUUUUGAAGGCUGCAAAGCAAUAAACGCAGACAGCAUUGAUGGCAUUUGUGCAAGGUUCCCCAGCCUCUUAAAUGAAGCCAAGCAGGAAGAUAAAUUCAAGGAUCUGUAUCGUUUCACCUUCCAGUUCGGUCUAGACUCUGAAGAAGGACAGAGGUCACUACAUCGGGAAAUAGCCAUUGCCCUUUGGAAAUUAGUCUUCACCCAAAACAAGCCCCCCAUUUUGGACCAGUGGUUACACUUCCUAAUCGAGAACCCCUCAGGAAUCAAGGGAAUCUCCCGGGACACAUGGAACAUGUUUCUAAAUUUUACUCAGGUGAUUGGACCGGACCUUAGCAACUACAGUGAGGACGAGGCCUGGCCGAGUCUCUUUGAUACCUUUGUGGAGUGGGAAAUGGAGCGAAGGAAAAAGGAAGAGGAAACCAAAUGUAUUACGUCUUCGGACACAGAGGGCCUGUGUGCGGAGGAACAGACUUAGCAGCAUUGAAGCAGCAGUGAGGAAAGCAACCUGUUGCCCUUCAUGAAAUGUAAACUCUGGAUGUUUCUGGAAAUUACCGAGGCUCCAGAUUUUUCUACUUUACACCUUUUUCUGCCUUGUCUUUGAAAGGGCUCUAAAAUGCUGUAUCAUGUUUUAGGCACUUUCUUAAUUUUGGUUAUUCCUUUUACUCUUGCCCUGAAAUAUUUGACCCUGGCUACAAGUUAAGCAUUUUUGGGGUUUUUUUUUUAAGACUUCAGAUUAGUAUAAGUCUGAUAUUUCUUGCACAAUGUAGAUCUUUUUAGUUAGGUUAAAUUAACAUUGCUAAAUUAUACAGUGCCAGAUUAAGUUUUUCAUACUACAUCUGUCAGGGCAGGUCUGUACUGUGUGUAGUGCUGUUUACAUUGUUGACAUUUUAGGCUGUAAUAAUUUUAAGGUUUUAUACCAAGAUGAACAGCAGUGUUAACUGUUAACUAUAAAUGCAUUAAUCCCCUGGCAAGAAGGCUCUGAAAAACAGCGUAAGCAGCAGCUUUUUGUAAUAUGGCUAGUUCCCAUUUUAAGCUAACUCUUAGUGAAAGAGUCCAGAUCAUUCCUUUUUUUGGAGUUUCAAACUAAAUGUUGGGAUUGUUUUAUAAAAUUACUGUACCUGUCAGUCAACUGAGUGGUAGAUGAUGAUUUAUAUCACUUACACAUCACAUAAUAAAAGAGCAGUACUACCUCAGUUUUAUUGAAAGUGGACUUCUUGAUGGACUUCCAUUUUCUCUGGAAGUUGUAUUUUUGUGGUUACAUGAGAAUAUUUUUACUUGACUAAAAGAACCAAAGGUUCUGCUUCUUAAGUUUGCUAAACAUUAACAGAAGCAACACACAAAGCCUAAGUCUUCAAGGAAAACUGUGGUAUAUUUCUGCUUUAAUUUGUUUGAUUUAUACCUAAAGUAUUAUCUUACUUGUCUGGCAAGCACAGUACUUCUAUGUAAGGAACUAUCUUUUGCAUUAAUAUUGACAAACCAAUUUUUUAAAACCUAUGUUUAAUUGCUAAAUCGCAGUUAGUACUCCACACUUUCUGGAGUAACAAUAUCGGCAUCUGAUGACAAAGCGAAUUCUUAAUGUGUUCUUAAUGACAACAGUGCAGAUGAGUCAUUUUUAGACUGAUUUGAUAAUAUUUGGAUAGGAGUCAAUUUAUUAUUUUACAAUGCCUGUAUUGGGAAUAUUUGCCUGUUGAAACUGUUGUGACUUAAAGGGAGUUUUAUUAACACUGGUUGAAACUUUUUUGGUUAUUGAUGCUACCUUUUUUAAUUUUAGUAUGUCAACUUUUUUACACCUUUUGGUAAAAGGGAUGAUUGCCAAGGCUUUCUAUAAAGCUAAAUACUGGCUUAAUGAAUUUGAUACACUUCCAUUACACACCUUUUAUUUUCAGAGCUGCAUUUCAGCAUCAUAAAAUGGCUUCAAUUAAAAAACAAAACCAAACUAAACCAAAAAAACCCUGGACAGUCAUCCAUAACAUGUAAUGGCUUUUGUGAUAUAAGGGUUUUAAAACUAAAAGGAAACAGAUUUUACGUGGUGAGCUUGCCACUGGAUCCAGGAAGGCAUCCUUUGCACAUCUGCAGUGCCCCAGAGGGGUUAGCAGAGAGAGGAGGAGGAUCUGCCUGAAUUCUGUCACUGGCUUUGCUGGUGCACAGCCUAUGCAAUAGCUUGGGUCUGAGAUCAUAAAUCACUAACAAAAUGUGGGUGUUGAAAACUGUUUAAAAACAAACCCACAAGCCACAGAUAGCAUCUCUUUCAUCUAAUAAAAGGAGAGUUUGGUCCAUGCUGCUUCUGCAGGCUCUUGCUGGGAGACGUGUUAAGCUGUGGAAAAAGAUGCAGCUGAGCCUGUCCCUUUGCAGGAGGGGAGCCCUGAACUUGAUGUAUUAUAGGUAAAUAUACCCAAAGCUUUGUCCUUGCUACUAUAACCUUCCAAGCUACCAUGGCACAAGCACUGUUUGGCAGCAAAACCUUAUUCUGAUUUGGUGAGCAAAGCAGGCAAAAGCACUUGUGCUGGUUUAAUUGAAUUUAUGGUGAGACUUUUGCUGGUGCUGUUAUUUUUAAAAAAGAAGAAAAAUUCCCCAACAGAGGCUGCUUUAUUAGCAAAAGUUCCAAAUGGAGACUGAUUUGAUAGUAAAUUAAGACUGUAUUUAUAAGUUUGAGACUACUCAUGCAUUCUGCUGUUAAAUGCUUUGUUUAUCACUUCUUUUUUUUUUUUUUUUUUUUUUUUUUUUUUUUCCCUGAAGGGAAUUUAAAAUGUCCAGAGUGUGAAAACUAACUAUUCAAUUCGGUAGCCAGUGCCUGCACAUGCACAUAAAAUCAUGGCAGUGGCUGCUACUGAUCUAUACACUAAACUGCAGCAGCUCCAAAGGAUGAGGGGUAGAGCUCUUGAAGGCAGGUGUUUAUCUUGUGGUCUGAAUGUGGAUAGCAGAAAGGAAAUCAAUCUGAAGCACAUCAAGGCUUAGCCAUUUCUGUGUGUCAAAUGUAAUUUCUUUUUAAAGAUGGUAAAGGUGAAUACAUAGUAAGCAAAAAUCUUAUUCCUGUUGGGGAAAGAUCAUACAAUUCUCAGUAGCUUCAGUCCCGUUUUCAGUACAAGAGGACAGUCUUGCUCUUGUUCUGCUGCUUUCAGCCUGGCAGGAGCAACCCCACCCAUUGGGGAGAAUACCUGCCAAAGUAGCCAAAUUCCCUAUCUAGCGAAGUACUAUUUAUUUUUAGCCUAACAGUUUUUUAAUUACCAUUCACAGAAUGCAAACCAGACCUGUGUCAGUUUUAAACUCUUGAACCAGGAGCUGAAGGUGCAACUCUGGCAGUGCUGAAAGUGAGAGAGGGCGUCACACCUUCCCUUGGAUUGCCUGGUGAUUUUAUGAUCCUAAACGAGAAUAGACUGUACUCUGUAAUGCUGGGGUACCUGUGUGGGAGUGGGGCUUUGUACAUGUUUCUGAGAAGUCUUUAACAAUAUUGAAGUCUCUGAAAUUAUGCUUGUUUAAUGGUUAAACUGUGAACAUCUGUGGAACAGGCCAAAUACAUUCACUCUUCAUUUUUAUAUAAUUUAAAUCUUUAUUGUGUAGGGCACAGGACUGUAGUGAGCAGUGAUGCUGAGGAAAUUCUUGAAACCAUUGCAACUAUUUAAUUCUUUCUUAAUUAGAGUAUGCGUUAGAAAACUUUAUGCAUGUAGUGAAUCUGCUGCAACUUGGGAUAAAUAACUAUACAUAACUAUAUAGAUAGUUAUAGUAAUAUACUGGAAGACUGGUCUGACAUCCACACUCUGGCAUUUUAUUGCCUUCCCUUAUACACAAAUACAACUCCAAUAAGCUUUAGUCCCUAGUAAUAAAACACUGACCACCUGCACCAUAUUAGAGUUUGCAACACCUUUAAAAUUUGGCUUCUGGAUCAACUGGAGGCUCAGUUGUGCUAAUUUUUGUUUGUGUGGGUGCAUUUCUGAGGUCAAAGACUAUUUAUUAAUUCAGGUAAGGAUUCAAAAGAUUCUGCCCACAGCUGGCCAUAAAACAUGACUGAGGAAAUGAAUUGAAAUGGAACGCUGAAUUGUGAGUUUACUUGCUGCUGGUGCUAUUCUAUAUGGAAAAUUAUAGCUUUUUAAGACUGUGCAAUCGUAAUGAAAGAACCACAGGAAUAAUAAAUGAAGGUGUGGCAGGUGGCAUAAAAUCAGACAGCUGAAGCCUGUGGCAGUUCAGUCUGCCGAGCACUGGCUUCCUCAGGCUGGCACAGCAGAUCUGCUCAUGAAUCAGCCUCUGAACCACUAUCGCUCUUCAGCCAGGCACAUUUAAGAGUAUAAAAUGAGCUUGCCCUGCUCUGCUGACAAGCAAGUAACUUGGGGUUGGUUGCAAAUAGAUGCAGCCCCUCUUCCUGAGGGCAGGGUGGCUGUCAGGUGAGGGGUCAGAGUGCUGGGAGCAGCAGCAGAUUUGCCCGUGUGACUUUUAUUUCAUUCCUUGUAUGUCAUCAGAGCCUGAAGAACCCCUGGAUCCCAGGACUAUCCUGCCACCCGUGGUUUCCAGAUGUGGUUAUGCACUGACCUUAGUAUUUUCAUGACACUGUCAACAUAAGUAUCUUCCUUACAUUUCUAAGCCUUGUUUCUAGAAAAGUCCAGCAAAGUUAAAGAAACGCCAUGUAGUUAAUAGCCACCUCAGUUGUGAUGUAAUUUAUUGGCUGAGGUUACAUCAUUCCCAUUCAUCGGAAAAUAAUAGUCACUGUGAGUUUCUGGGUCUUGCAGCCUUGUGUUCUGCAGUGUGAUCCGUUUUUAGAAGAUCCUUUGUAAACUGGACACCCAUUUCUUCCCUUGAGCUCACUCUGCUCAAAAUGUGUGCAUGUGAUAAAUUUAACCUUUCAUAUUAAAAAGGAAGAUGCUUAACCUGAACAUCAAAACUCUUCAGGGUAGUGUUUCAAUAUACAGCAAAACAUGAAUAUUUUUCAAGUAAGUGUUAAAAGCUGAGUGUCUGCUUAAAUUUUGUUGUGUGCAAACAAAACCACCAGUGUUAAAAUUUUCUCUGGACUAUUGAAGAUUGAAUCUUUGGUUUUAUAUUGUCAACUGAAGUGAAAUACAUGAGAUUGUAAGACAGAAGGCUGUAACUCCUUCACCAUGAAGUACAUAGGUAUCUCUACCUCUUGUUCUUAGACUUGAAUAGUUUAAGGUUACCAUCGUUUUCUCCCAGGAAUUUAUGCCUCAAUGAGUAUUUCUUUUAAUUGACAUGAGUUAAGUAUUAUCUAUUUGGUAUACUGCUCUCAAUCUGCAUGCAAUUGGCCCUUUGAAAGGGAGCCAAGUCAAGCUGCAAAAGAAAGUGUUGGUCCUCCUAGGUGCUAGUUUUGGAGUGCAAUAGAGUGACCCACUAGAGCUGCAUUGCAUGUGGCUCAGGGGCUUUUAUCAUCACACAUACUCCUCCCUUGGUCGGGUGACCUGUACUGACCAUAAAUUGAAGAUGGAGCAGCUGCUCCCAAAGAGAGGAGCCAUCAGCAUUUUCAGUUGCCCUUGAAAAACUUUAGGAACCUACCUGAUGCAGUGCUAUGAGUGUAUUUUUCUUUUGACUAAAAAUACUGUGUUUUAUUCCAUGUUGGAUUGGACCUGUAAUACCCAGCAAAGAUGGGAGAUGCAAAAGUGUGAAGGCUCCACCCAUCCUUUUCUUCCCGUAGGUCAGACUCUUGCUCAGGAUAAAACACUUGAGCAAAGAUGGAGCGUUCUCAAGUGUGCUGGAGAUGCCAGAGUGGCUUCAGUGGUCGGUUGUGUUCGUUAAUGCAUUGAGGUGGUGUCUCUCUUUCGUGCAACACAUCUCUGUCCCUUGCUUUCCUCCCUCAAAGAAAAUGACAACACAAUUACUGUCAUUGCAAAUCCCGAACAGAUGCUAUGCUGUAGCAACUGUUGCUACAAGAUUAUUCUUCCAGUUUGAGGGCUGCUUUUGGGGUGUGACCUCUUGCACUGUCUGUACAGGCACAUAUUUUGAGAGAAUGGGAGGAUGUGUGAGACAAUAGGUAAAAGGAGCAUGAACGUACUAGUCCUGCUAAGAGCUUGCCUUAAAUCACUGACAUUACAGCAGUUCCUUGCUACUAUUGCAAUCCUCAGUCUUUCUGUAGUUAGGUUUUAAAAUCCAACAGGUUCUGGAGGUUACACAAUUACUUUUUUUUGGUUUUUAAAAAGCUCUUUGCAUAAUUGCACUCUUCAGAUAAGCCCUUUCUGGAUAACAUGCCAUUUCACACAGAAAAGGGUACCCAUCUCCUAUAUUCUUGCUGUAAAGUGCUUUCUUUUUUCCUCCCCUGUAAAUUAUGGUUGGACUAAAGGUUGCCUACUGUUGAACCAGUGUGUUUACUUGAAUGUUGCCGUUUUAUGCAGUUACAACUGCUGAGUCUUGCUCUUCUCUGGGCCCAUGACAGGGGAGAUCGUGUGACCAGAGGUGGCAAACCUGCACAGAGAUCAGUGGAGCUGUAGGCUGGCUGCUGUUUUUAUACUCCCGUAUGUAUUACAUGUUAGAGGACUUCACAAAAUAGUGCUUAAUAUUUUAAAGUUGUGACUUUUUAAGUCAUGCUAAACAUAGUUAUCUUAAAAAUAUGCUUGCUUUCUUAUCUAUAAGUUUAAAACAGUCUUUAAAGAAGGAGAUGGGGGGCAGGAGUGGUUGGAGGGCCUCCUGCUGUUAGUUGUUGAGUAACUCGAGUUCCAAGGGCCAUGGAUGCAACUGGCAGGAUUGGGUCCUGACCCAACGCUACUGGGGUUUGUAGUGGCUGGUCUUGAGGGCAUGAAGCAACCGCAAGUCCUUGGCAGGCUGCGUGGAGGGGAAGGGGCAGCCUGGGAGAGCUGGUUGAUGCAGCUGGAUUUCUAAGAGCACUUGCUUGUGGAUCUCGAGGCCCCCAAUCUAUUCUCAAGUUGCCCUGUAUGGAAAGAAUGCAUUUUGAUAGUGUUUGCUCCCACAGAAUAACUAAUUCUAACAAAGGAAAUAAUGAGAGCACACUUGUGCUGCUUUUACUGAGUCACAUGUGGAUACAACUAUCUGAUCAAUCUCUCUAUUGCUCAGUAAACCAGCAAGGGUGGAUAGGAUCAAGUCUGCUGUUCUUCGUGUUGGGAGUGAGGUAACCACGUAUGAUCCAAUUUUCUUGCUCUGGAAAACGAUGAAUGUAUUGCUUGUCGUGGAGCAGAGCCGUGCUUCCUCUUUCAGAUGGCAGUAUCAGAAGUGCUGUGUAAAUGUAAGGCUUGGAAAUGGCUGGAGGAAAUUCUGUUUCAUGUAGGACUUUUGUUUUAAAGGGAUGUGGCCAAAUUUGAAACCAUGAUUUAGAGGAAAAGUGGGAGACAUUCAAGAUGAUGCAUCUACCGAGUCCUAUUUGGUUUGCAGUUUUACACUUUUCUUGUAUCAAAUUUUGCUCACCAUUGUUGUCUGGAACAGAAUAGAAGCAGCAUCUUAUAGAAUGUGCAAUCUAAGGCACAAUGCAAAUAGGUUGUAAUAAGGUUGUCUUUACUUGAUAGCAAUCAUGAGUGCAAUGUUUUUAUUGUGUCCCUUUUGGAAGAAGAGCAUUAAGUGCAGUCUGAGAUUUUUCUUUUCUUAUAAGAAAAGCAUUGGUUUGUCCAAUUACUGACUUCUUGUGGAAUUUGUGCCAGAUGUAUAUUAAAUAUUUUGGUGCUUUUUCUAAUCCAAGCUGCCAUUCAUUUACCUGUGAGAUUACUGUACUUCUGUAUAUUUAAAUGACCAAUCCCUUAAAGAAAAAAAAAUCCUUUAGUCACAAUGUAUCCUGACUACUGUAGCUUUGUAAAUGUUCCAAAGUUUCUGGGUUUCCUGUAUUCCAGUAAGGUCUGAGGGGAGGGAGGAGAACAGCUACAGAAAUCUAAUCCACUGGAAAGGGAACAUGCACGCUGUUCUGCGCAUUACUGAACAAAUGAGUAACAUUUGUGGUGUUUACA